AUGAAGGAACCGUCGUGUGGUGAGCGCCACCUGCAGGACCAGGCCUUCACCUCGGCGUCCUCAUCUAGGGGUGCCAGUCACGCUUACGUGGUAGAGGAGGGCAGCCCGCGCCACACUCAUGGGGUCUUCUGCAUCCAAGGCUGCCCUCCAGGCGACCCCCAAAGAGCCCAGGGAGCCCAAGCCGAAACACUUGAUCUAAUACAGUACAUCAAUGAAACAAAUAUGAGCGUUCAACAUCUGGCUGAUGUUCUUCAUAGGAAAACGAGGAGCAGUAACUGGGUGGUGGUGUUCAAAGCUCUGGUUACUGCGCAUCAUCUCAUGGUCCACGGAAAUGAGCGUUUCAUCCAACAUCUUGCAUCUCGACCCUCUUUCUUCACGUUACACAGCUUCCUGGAUAUAAGCGUCAUAGAAGGUUAUACGAUGUCAGCCUUCAUCAGACGGUACAGCAGGUAUUUGAAUGAAAAGUCACUCGCAUACAGACUGAUGGCAUCUGACGUUACAAAAAGCAAGAGAGGGAGAGACGGUGUGAUAAGAGCUAUGAGUACUGAACAGCUGCUAAAGACGCUUCCAGUUAUUCAAACCCAGCUGGAUGCUCUUCUUAAUUUUAAUGCAAAUCCUGAUGAACUAACUAAUGGUAUAAUACGUGCUGCUUUUAUGCUUCUCUUUAGAGAUGCUCUUCGUCUCUUUGCAGCCUAUAAUGAAGGGAUCCUUAAUCUGCUAGACAAGUUUUUUGACAUGAGGAAGAACCAGUACAAGGAGAGUUUGGGGAUUUACAUCAACUUCCUCGAAAAAACCACCAAAUUGACACAGUUCCUGGAGGUUGCAGAGCAAGUUGGAAUUGACCAGAGCAACAUUCCAAAUCUUAUUCAGCCACCCCGGAGUUCCCUUGAAGCACUAAAACAGCAUUUAGCUUCUUUGGAAGAGAAAAACAUUUCACCACCUUGCAGCAUGUACCGAUCAAAGCCAAGUGCACAAGGCAAACUCUUCCGCAGUGGUCCCUUUAAAGCUGCACAUCACACUUGCUCCUGGCUUCCCAGCCUGUGGCACCGCUACGUGGACUGUGCUCGUGUGAAAAGCAAGACGACGGUCGCUGAGAGGGAGCGUGCGGGAGAAGCGCAGGCACAGCCGGGCUCUACUCAGUGCUGGACACUCGAGGCCAGGAAGCAGCCGCACGUCGUGCAGAUAAAGCAGUUGCAGGAAGCGGGGCCGGAUCUCGCCAGCACAAAACGGUUUGUUAAGGAGCCCGUGCUUGCAACCUGA